AUGAUGAUAAUCAUGCGACUGUUAUUAUUAUCAUGGUUAACUUUUUAUUAUCAAAUUCAAUAUUCAUUAUCAAUAACAAUUGAUUUAGCACCAAUAACUAUACCUGAACAUACAGUAGUAAAUCAUUUAUUAGUAUCUCUAUCUGAUAUAUUACAUAGAACAACCCGAGCAUCUUAUCAUUUUUUAAGACCAAAUUCUGAUCCACAAAGUUAUUUUAAAUUAGAUAUAAAAACAGGUGAAUUACGUACAGCCAUUGAUCUUGAUCGUGAAAAAAUAUGUCAAAAUAAUAUUAAUAAACGUUAUCAUUAUUAUCAUACAAAAUGUAAAUUUAAUUUAAAAAUAUUUGAAGUUUUAAAUCAAACAUUAAUACAUAUACCAAUAAUUAUUACCGAUAUUAAUGAUAAUCAACCUUAUUUUCCAUAUCCAUUAUCAUCUAUAAUUCUACAUAUAUCAGAAAAUUCACCAUUACAAUCAAAAUUAAUUAUUGAACAAGCAAAUGAUCAUGAUGAACUAGAUUAUCAACAAUUAAGAUAUCGAUUAAUUAUUAAUGAAUAUUUAAAUAAUUUUCCAUUCGAAUUAGAAAUGCCUGGUAUUUUUAAUACAGAUCGAUAUGUAUCACCAGUAUCAACAAUUGAUUCAAAUCGUUUAGCACUUAUUCUAAAACAAACAUUAGAUCGUGAAAAAAUUGAUAGUUAUAAUUGUACAAUAGGUGUUAUUGAUACAGCUGAACAUGAAGCAUUUUUAUAUGUAAAAAUUAUUAUAGACGAUGUUAAUGAUUGCUCACCAAGUUUUGAAUAUGAAAAAUAUUCAAUUCAAAUAGCAGAAAAUAUACCAGUAAAUACUAUAUUAUUACAAGUACAAGCAAAAGAUGAUGAUAUUGGUCAAAAUUCAAAAAUUACUUAUAGUUUAACAGAUGCAUCUAAACUAUAUGAAAAUCAAUUUUCAAUUGAUGAUACAUCAGGAGUAAUAAUAUUAAAAAGUAAAUUAGACUAUGAACAACGAACAUCUUAUAUUUUUUAUGUUGAAGCAAAAGAUUCUGGAACUGAACCACGAUCAUCUCAUACACUUGUCAAUAUUACAUUACUUGAUGUUAACGAUAUUGCACCUCAUAUUCAAAUACGUUUUUUACCAGAAAUUAAUUAUAAUAAUAUUGAUUUAGUUGAAAUAGAAGAAAAUUAUCCAAUUGAAAAAUUUUUUGCUCAAAUUAUUGUUACAGAUCAGGAUAGUGGUUUGGGUGGUCAAGUACGACUAUCAUUUAUGAGUAAUACAAAUACAAAUAAUGAUCAUGAUAAUGAUUCAUUUCGAUUAUAUCAGAUAGAUAAUAGCACAUAUCUAUUAAAUCGUAGUAAAAUAUUUGAUAGUGAACAACAACAAUUGCAUCGUUUAACAUUCUAUGCUCAAGAUUUAGAUCCUAAACAACCAUUGAGUACAACAAAAACAUUAAUAAUACAUGUAAUUGAUGUUAAUGAUAAUGAACCUAUUUUCUCACAGCCAUACUAUAUUUUAUCAAUUAAUGAAAAUAAUAAUGGAAAUGAAACAUUGACACGUAUCGAAGCGUAUGAUCCUGAUUCAACUGAUAAUGAUCAUAUUUCAUAUUCAGUUGAGAUCUCAAAUGAAACCAUUCCAUUUAUAAUUGAUAGUGAUAGUGGACAAUUACAAUGUACAACAGUUUUUGAUCAUGAAUUACGUUCAAUUUAUGAAUUUUAUAUUAUUGCAAGUGAUAAUGGGCAACAACCAGGUUCAUUAUCAUCUCGUGUUAAAGUCACUGUUCUUGUAAUAGAUCAAAAUGAUAAUAGAGCACUGUUUAAUCAACAAAAAUAUGAAUUUUUUAUACGAGAAGAUCAUAAUCGAACAAUUCCGAUUGGUGUUAUUACCGCUACAGAUCGUGAUUCAAAUAUAAAUAAUCAAAUGAAAUAUAGUUUAGAUGAUCAAACAAUACCAUUUUAUUUGACAAGUAACGGUGAAUUAAAACUAAACUCAUCGGUUGAUCGUGAACAACGUACAAUUUAUGAAUUUAACGCGAUUGUAAUGGAUGUAAAUGAAUCACUUAUAUCAUCAUCGGUACCAGUUAUAGUUCAUAUCACCGAUAUUAACGAUAAUGCACCACGUUGGAUUUCACCUCAAGUAAAUCAUACUCACUUAGCUAUAAAUAAAGAUCUUAUACCAUUAGGUAGUAUAAUCGGUCAUCUCCAAGCUGAAGACAGUGAUGAAAAUGCCAAUGGUUAUGUUACCUAUACACUUGUCGAAUCAAAACCUAUUGUCACAUUUUUAUGGUUUCAAACUGAUGGUCACAUUAUGAUUAAUUCAACACCCAUAUUGGGUAGUUAUCAAAUUGUUGUUCAAGCCGAAGAUAAUGGAUCACCUGUACGACAUUCAUCUCUUAUUCAAUUUCAGUUAUUAGUCGGUGACAAUGUAACAAAUGCAACACUAUUCCAACAAACAAAUAACAUUGAUGAGUUAAUUUUUCAUCGUUCAUCGUUAUCCACAAAACGUAGUAUUGCCAUCUUAGCAACAUGUUUUAUUGGUUCGGCUAUUAUUCUAGCAUUAAUUGUUUGUACGAUUCUCAUUUUAAUAUGCCGUUAUCGUCGAAAUAAAUAUUUAUAUUAUGUCAAAUGUAAUGAAAAUAAAAAUAAGAAAAAACAACAGCAAGAGAGAAAUGAUGUGAUGAUGAUUGUAGAAAAUCGUUUACCAAUUUUAGAAAAUAAUUCAACAAGUUCAACAUGUUCAAAACUUAGUCUAGAUGAUAUUAAUCAUAAACGAAGGUCAAAUCAAUCUUCAUCAUCACCAUCUUGUACGGGUGUUCAUCGAGCUGAUAAUUGUUACAUUCAACAAUUAUCGUCAACUACAAAACCACCACAAACAAGUGAUUAUUAUAGUAACAGUAGCACACAUCAAGAUAUUGAAGAUGUUGAAGAAUGGACCGAAGGAUCUGGUAGAAUGAAUGAUGCAAAUGAAUGGUCUAUAGAAAAAAUUCUUUAUCCCGAUUGGUUAUAUAAAGAUUGUAAAACACUAGAUACUUCAACAUUUGCUAAUAAUAAUAGUUAUCGUACAUUUAAUCAUCAACAGAAUAUAUCACCAAACUCUAAUUUUCUAAAUACUUCAUUAUUAUCACAGCGUGAACGAAUAUCACCAACAACAAUGGUACACUCAUUAACAUCAUCCGUAAAUAAUUCACCUAAACAAGUACAUUUUCAAUCAUCAUCAUCACCAUAUAGACAGUUAUCCAAUAAAACAUUAUGUGUUCAUAUUAAUCCAACAACAUCAGCACCGAACAGUGAUUUAAUUAAACCUUACCCACAUUUAAGUACAACGAUAAAACAGUUUAAAUCAGUAGCUAAACCUAAAGAUACGUUUAUUUGA